AACACAAGUCAAUCUUAAAAUUUAAAUUGUUAUCAAGUGUAAAAUAUAUUCAUCAUCUCAAUAAACAUUCAAUUACAACGUCAAGUAUUUUUUUAUAUUCAUCAAUAAAGUUAUCAAAGCCAAAAAAAUAAAAAUAUCAAAAAAUUAGAAUUACCUAACCCACAAACGUACAAAAAAGUGUUAUCAAAUAAUAAAUGUGUAAAUAAACAAUAAUUAAAACAUUGAUAGACAAAUAAAAAAAAUAAUCAUUUAAAAUGUUGAAAAGUCAAGUAAUUUCAACAUGGGAACCACUUCGUUUGACUCAUUUAAAACCAUCAUUAAAUAGCAACGAAUUAAUACUAGCAUCACGUCAAGAUGUUUAUCAUAAAUUCAUAAUAUAUCAAGCAAAUGAUUGUGAUCCAUAUGAUUUAUUAAACUCAAUAAUCACAACAUGUAGUCCAGAAGUUAUGUUACCAAUGAAUUUCGAUAUUGAUAUAUCAGGAAAAGGCACAUUCAUAACAAAAUGUAGUGUUGCUGCAAUUGAAUCAUUUGUACGUCAAGGUUUAUUGAUAUCUAUAACAACAACAAAUCAAAUAUUUAAAAUAGAUAUUGUACUUGGUUUUAUGAGUAUAAAUGAUCUUCAAUAUAAUCAACAUCAAAUAAUAAAUAAUAUAUUUGGUUAUCGUUGGGAUCAUUCAAAAAAAAUAUUAAAUUUACAAAAUUUUCAUAAUGAUGAAAAAUUAAAAAAUUUAUAUUGUCCAUUAUCAAUAAUACCAAUAUUUAUAUAUAUUAUAAAAUGUUUUAAAUCACGUCAACGUGAUAAUAAAUUACCAAUACGUGAACUUAAUUUAAAAAAUAAUAAAUUUACAAAUUUUAUAAUACAUGAAAAAUUAUUUAAUUAUACAUUAACAAAAUUAGAUUUAAGUCAUAAUAAUAUUGUUAAUAUUGAGCUAUUACGUUAUUUUAGUGAAUUUAAAAUAACUGAAUUAUGGCUUGAUGGUAAUCCAUUAUGUUUAUUAUAUAAAAAUUCAACUGAUUACAUUGAAAAUGUUAAAAAAAUAUUUCCAUUCUUACAAAAGCUAGAUGGUGUUAUUAUUGAUGUUGAACGUAAAAAUAUUAUACCAUUAACACAACAAUUUUAUUUAUCAGAUAAUACUAAAAUUAAUUUAAUUAAACAAUUUGUACAGCAUUAUUUUACAAUGUUUGAUCAAAAAGAUCGUAUUAUAUUGAAUGGAAUUUAUGAUAAAGAUGCUAUGUUUUCAAUAACAAUUGGUCACAUAUCAAAUCCAAAACAUCGUCAACUAAUUAAAAUAAUGUCUAUCAAUAGAAAUUUAUUAAAAGUUGUUGAUUAUUCUAGAUUUCAUAAAUAUUUAUUACGUGGUCCAGAUAGUAUUGUCAAUACAUUACGUAAAUUACCAUCAACACAUCAUGAUUUUAAAAGCUAUUCAAUUGAUAUUUUACAUCAGACAAAUAAACAAAUUGCUAUGGUUAUUCAAGGAUCAUUUUAUUUUCGUGAAUUUGCAAUACCAUUAUCAUUUAAUCGUACAUUUAUUAUUACUGAAAGAAUUGAUAAUGAAUAUUGUAUUGUCAAUGAUCAAUAUCAUAUUUAUAAUUUUGAUUCAACAACAAUUAAUCAUGUUGAUAAUAAACAAAUAUUAUCUUGUAUACCAAAAUUUGUACCAACUCUAUUGGGUGAAAGUGAAAAAGAUGAUUUAAUUAAAUAUCUAAGUAAUGUCACAACAAUGAAUGAAAAUUAUAGUUGUAAAUUAUUAAAUAAAUAUCAAUGGGAUUUGAGAGGAGCAAUAUCAGCAUUUAUAAAAUCAUAUUCAUCAAAUGAUAUUCCAACUGAGGCAUUUAGAAAUUUUAAAUAAUUAUAUUCUAUUUUUUUGUUUUUCUUUUUAAUUUAAUUUA